AUGCACAAAACCUUUAGCCUUUCGAACUUUGCUCACUUUCCCUUCUCAGCCAGAUCAAAAGCAUCAAAAUUACUUGUCAUCUUCCAAUCCAAAAAAUUCUUCUUGUCCACAUUUUCCUCUUCAUCAUCAUCAACAGCAUCAUCCUCUCUUGCACCCCCAACUCAUGAACAAAUAACCCAUCUCAUUUUAGACCAAAAAUCAGCACUACAAGCUCUUCAAACUUUCAAAUGGGCCUCGAAGUUACCAAAUUUUACACAUUCUCAGUCCACAUAUCGAGCUUUAAUCUACAAGCUCUUGACCUUUCGUCGCUUCCAUACUGUUCAACAAUUACUCGAUGAAAUGCCUAACUCAAUUGGUUCACCUCCAGAUGAAUCAAUUUUCCUCACAAUCAUUCGUGGGCUUGGAAGGGCUCGAAUGAUUCGUGAUGUUAUUAAAGUUCUUGACUUGGUUGCUAAGUUUGGCCACUACCCAUCUUUGAAAAUUUUUAAUUCAAUACUUGAUGUUCUUGUUAAGGAUGAUAUUGAUUUAGCUAGGAAGUUUUAUAGGAAAAAAAUGAUGGGUAGUGGUGUUCAAGGUGAUGAUUACACUUAUGGGAUUUUAAUGAAAGGGCUUUGCUUGACUAAUAGAAUUGGUGAAGGGUUUAAGCUUUUGCAAGUUAUUAAGUCAAGAGGUUUAAAGCCUAAUGUUGUUGUUUAUAACACUUUGCUUCAUGCACUUUCUAAGAAUGGGAAAGUAGGGAGGGCACGGAGCUUAAUGAAUGAGAUGGAGGAGCCUAAUGAUGUGACUUUCAAUGUUUUGAUAUGUGGGUAUUGUAAAGAAGAUAAUUUUGUUCAAGCUCUUGUGUUGUUAGAGAAGAGUUUUGCUUUGGGGUUUGUACCAGAUGUUAUUACCGUGACUAAGGUGGUGGAGAUUCUUUGCAAUGCAGGUCGUGUGACGGAGGCUGUGGAGAUAUUAGAGAGAGUGGAGAGCAAGGGAGGUGUAGUUGAUGUUGUAGCUCAUAACACCUUGAUAAGGGGGUUUUGCAAGUCAGGGAAGGUGAAAGUUGGUCGUGGUUUGUUGAAGGAAAUGGAGAGAAAGGGCUGUCUUCCUAAUGUAGACACCUAUAAUGCCUUGAUCUCUGGUUUCUGUGAGUCAGGGAUGUUGGAGUCAGCUCUUGAUAUGUUUAAUGAUAUGAAAACAGAUGGCAUCAAUUGGAAUUUUGUUACAUUUGAUACGUUAAUCAGAGGUUUGUUUUCAGGAGGGAGGAUUGAAGAUGGGUUUAAGAUCUUAGAACUGAUGGAGGAGACUAAAAGGGGUUCCGGGGAUAGCAUUAGUCCUUAUAACAGUGUGUUAUAUGGUCUCUAUGGGAAAAAUAUGUGGAAUGACGCACUUGAGUUUCUAAUGAAGAUUGAAAAUUUGUUUCCUAGAGCUGUUGAUAGGACCUUGAGGAUAUUAGGAUUUUGCGAGGAGAGUGCCAUUCAGGAUGCCAAGAGGGUUUAUGAUCAAAUGAUUAAUGAAGGUGGAAUUCCUAGUGCUCUUGUCUAUGACUGCUUAAUCCAUGGAUUUUGCCAAGAAGGGGGUGUCCGAGAAGCACUGGAGCUGAUGAAUGAGAUGGUUUCCUUUGGUUAUUUUCCUGUUGCAUCAGCAUUUAAUGCUGUUAUUAGUGGAUUUUGCAAGCAAGGGAAAGAUGGGAGUGCUUUGAAGCUACUUGAGGACAUGGUUAGGAGAGGAUGUGUGCCCGAUACAGGAAGUUAUAACCCUCUGAUCGAUGCUCUUUGUAGGAAGGGGAAUUUUCAGAAGGCUGUGAGUCUCCUCUUACAAAUGGUAGAAAAUGGUAGAACUCCUGAUUGUUUGAUAUGGAAUUCUUUGUUUCAUUGUCUUAGUCAACAAACCAUCUGGUUAGAAAGCAAGAAUAUGUUCCGUGUACACAACCUAGUUGAACAAAUUAUGGAGAUUUGA